GUGGAUAGUGAACGUAUUUCUCACUGCAUAAGGUUUAACUGCUCUACUCUGAUCUAGUCCUCCUCUGUCUUCCAAUAUGCUGUGUCCUAGACUCCCUGGAGGCUCCUGCAUGGCAGCUCUGACAGUUACACUGAUGGUGCUGACUCCUCCCCUGACGGUGACCAGGUCACUCCUACCCACAGCGCGUUUCCUGCUGCAAGGUAAAUCGGAGUGUCACUUCUCCAGCGGAUCGGAGCACGUGAGGUUUCUGGCCAAAUACAUCUACAACCAGGAUGAGUUAGUGCGCUUCGACAGCGAUGAGGUGGGCGAGUUCCGCGCGGUGAGCGAGCUGGGGCGGCCGAUCGCUGAGGACUGGAACAGCCAGCAGGACUUCAUUGAGCAGAAGCGCGCAGCAGCCGGCACCUACUGCAGACACAACUACGGGAUUUUUGCGAAGUUCCAGGUGCAGAGGAGAGUUGAGCACAAGGUGACCUUGUACCUCAUAAGGACCCAGCCCCUGCAGCACCACAACCUCCUGGUCUGCUCUGUAAGUGGUUUCUACCCAGGAUACAUUGAAGUCAGAUUGUUCCAGAAUGGUCAGGAGCAGGAGGCUGGAGUGGUGUCCACAGGCCUGAUCCAGAAUGGAGACUGGACCUUCCAGAUCCUGGUCAUGCUGGAAACUGUUCCUCAGAGCGGAGAGGUUUACGCCUGCCAGGUGGAGCAUGUGAGCUGGAGCAGCCCUGUCACUGUGGAGUGGAGGCCACAGUCUGGAUCUGUACAGAGCAAGAUGCUGAGUGGAGCUGGAGGCUUUGUGCUGGGUCUGCUCUUCCUUGAGUCGGGGAUGCUCAUCUACUCCAGGAAUCAAAAAGGACACUCAGGAGUUCAACCAACAGGACUCCGGAGCUAAGGAGAUGGUGACAGCCCUGAAGGAAGGGCCCGUGUCCCUGCUCUCCAAGACUUCUCCAUGUUGUGUCAGGCUUCCUGCCUGACUCUCGUUCUCCCACAGAGAGAGGCUCGUCCUCCCCGAGAGCUUCCUCAGCCCUCGGGCCCCACCUGGAAGCCCAGACCGCAGGCCUUCCCUCCCUCCCCUCCUGGACCCUGCUCAGGGCUUCUAUACUCCUUGUGCAACGUUGCUCUGUUAUAUCUUCUUCAAAGAAACAUGGAGUUGAAAAUCACCUGCUUAUUAUAAUUUUAAGGUCAGAAACUAUAAGUAAACAGGAGGACGACAUCACUGGUGAA